AGACAUAGCGAAAGGAAGAAGAUAAAACGGAAGGAGGAGAGUGAACUCUGUUGGUUCCAAGCUUUGAAUUCUCUAUCAAUGGCGACGAUUUCCUUUUGUUCAUCUUCUCUCUCUACUGCAAUCGUCUCUCACAACCACAUCCCAACUAUCUCUCUCUCUAGAACCACAUUCGGCGCGGUCUCAUUUUCUUCCACUUUCUCCCGAAGGCUCAUCACUAAACAGUCAUCGUUUGUUCCAAAAUUAUCCGAAACAGAAGUUCCUGUAAUCGAAGAAGUCGAUUCCGAAAUUGAAUCCGAGAUUUCUGUGGCGGAGCCUUCUCAAGUUAUUGAAAUCCAAGCUGAAGAGCUGCCAAAAGGCGAGGAUGUUUUCGCUGUUGUCAUGGUUGGUGGACGUCAAUACAUUGUCAUCCCAGGAAGAUUUCUCUAUGUCCAAAGGAUCAAAGAUGUCACUGUCAAUGCUAAGAUAGUUCUGAACAAAGUUUUACUUGUGGGUACAAGAACAAGUACAUACCUUGGGCAGCCAGUGGUGCCUAAUGCUGUUAUACAUGCAGUAGUCGAAGAACACGGAUUAAACGACAAAGUUAUUAUUCAGAAAUACAAAAAGAAGAAGGGAUAUAGAAGAAACAUUGGGCAUAGACAGCCUAAUACAAGGAUAAGGAUAACCAGCAUCACAGGAUAUCAAGAUUCGCCUGCACUUACACUCCCCUCACUCCCCUAGAGAGAAUGUCCAUCCGAAUCCAUCAGUUUAUGUAUUGUUUAUUUUCAUAUGGUCGGCUAGAGAGUUUGUUUGCUCGCGAAACUUGUCUGUAUCAUUUUACCCUUUAUAUUCUUUUCAUUCUCUAACCAGAUUUCACUUGAAUGCAUGAUAUUUUUAAUCG